CUUGAUACAAGUAUUGUAAUCUGUGAUAUUUCUUUUCAUUGUCAAGCAAAAUGGCGGAUCAGACCGAACGUUCAUUCCAAAAGCAACCGACGGUCUUCUUGAACCGUAAGAAAGGCAUUGGUGUGAAAAGGAGCCGGAAGCCAUUGAGAUACCACAAAGAUGUGGGACUCGGCUUCAAAACACCGAGAGAGGCGAUAGAAGGCACCUACAUUGACAAAAAGUGCCCAUUCACCGGUAAUGUUUCCAUCCGUGGACGUAUCCUCACCGGUGUAGUCCAAAAGAUGAAGAUGCAACGCACAAUCGUCAUCAGGCGUGACUACUUGCACUACCUACCCAAAUACAACAGAUUCGAGAAGCGACACAGAAAUAUGUCUGUUCAUUUGUCACCUUGCUUCAGGGAUGUGGAACUCGGAGACAUUGUCACGAUCGGAGAAUGCAGGCCACUCUCCAAGACUGUGAGGUUCAACGUGCUGAAGGUUUCCAAGGGCAAAGGGUCCAAGAAAUCGUUCAAAAAAUUCUAAUCUAUUAAAAUUACUUCAUAAGUAAA